AUGGACCUGCAGAAUUAUUCCUUGGUGUCAGAAUUUGUGUUGCAUGGACUCUGCACUUCACAACAUCUUCAAAAAUUUUUCUUUGUAUUCUUCUCUGAGAUCUAUGUGGUCACUGUUCUGGGCAACCUUAUCAUUGUGGUCACUGUAAUAUCUGACCCCCACCUACACUCCUCCCCUAUGUACUUCCUGCUGGGGAAUCUCUCUUUCCUGGACAUAUGGCUGGCCUCAUUUGCCACUCCCAAGAUGAUCAGGGACUUCCUUAGUGAUCAAAAGCUCAUCUCCUUCGGAGGAUGUAUGGCUCAAAUCUUCUUCUUGCACUUUGUUGGUGGGGCUGAGAUGGUACUUCUUGUUACCAUGGCCUAUGACAGGUAUGUGGCCAUAUGCAAGCCUUUGCAUUACAUGACAGUGAUGAGCCGGCAGACUUGCGUGGGGCUGGUGUUGGUUUCAUGGGUCAUUGGAUUUGUGCACUCCAUCAGUCAGGUAGCCUUUACUGUAAAUUUACCUUACUGUGGCCCCAACGAGGUGGACAGCUUUUUCUGUGACCUUCCUCUUGUGAUCAAGCUUGCCUGCCUGGACACCUAUGUCUUGGGUAUACUUAUGAUCUCAGACAGUGGGUUGCUUUCCAUGAGCUGUUUCCUCCUCCUCCUGAUCUCCUACACUGUUAUUCUUAUCACUGUCCGACAGCGUGCAGCUGGUGGGGUCUCCAAAGCACUCUCGACUUGCUCUGCACAUAUCAUGGUAGUCACACUCUUCUUUGGGCCCUGCAUUUUCAUUUAUGUGUGGCCUUUUAGUAGGUUCUCUGUGGACAAGCUCCUCUCUGUGUUUUACACCAUUUUUACUCCAUUCUUGAACCCUCUUAUCUACACACUGAGAAAUAAGGAGAUGAAAAUAUCUAUGAAGAAACUGAGAAACCGACAUGUGACUUUUCACUGA